GCCUGGGCGUGCCUGGUUCUAUGUAAUCUCAUUGGGCAACAGCAGUGGAACUCGUCUGUCCAAAAUGGUUUAUGGUGAAUUUUUCCGCAGACCUGGCAAAGAUGCAGAACUUAUCAAUUUGAAUGUGGGUGGCUUUAAGCAAUCAGUGGAUCAAAGCACCUUGCUCCGAUUUCCCCAUACCAGACUUGGAAAACUUCUCAAAUGCCAUUCAGAAGAGGCUAUUCUAGAACUGUGUGAUGAUUACAGUGUGGCAGACAAGGAAUAUUACUUUGACAGGAAUCCUUCCUUGUUCCGAUAUGUUCUGAACUUCUACUAUACAGGCAAACUUCACGUUAUGGAAGAACUUUGUGUCUUUUCCUUCUGCCAGGAAAUAGAGUACUGGGGGAUAAACGAGCUGUUUAUUGAUUCCUGCUGCAGCAAUCGGUACCAAGAACGGAAAGAGGAAGGUCCUGAAAAAGACUGGGAUCAGAAGAGCAACGACAGUAUGGACUCCUCCAAUGAAGAGUCAUCCAUAUUUGACAAAGAGCUAGAAAAGUUUGAUAAUCUGUGUUUUGGUGAAAUAAGAAAGAAGAUCUGGGUCAGGAUGGAAAAUCCUGCAUACUGCUUGUCUGCCAAGCUAAUUGCCGUGUCAUCCCUGAGUGUUGUUCUGGCAUCAAUUGUAGCCAUGUGCAUUCAUAGCAUGCCAGAAUUUCAAAGGCUGGAUGCCAAUGACAGGGAGAUUGGAGACCCUGUGCUGGAAGCUGUGGAGAUUACAUGCAUCAUCUGGUUUACUGCUGAGCUAGUGAUCAGGCUCUUCACUGCUCCAAGUCAGAAGAAGUUCUGGAAGAAACCACUGAACAUCAUUGAUUUUGUCUCUAUUAUCCCAUUUUACGCCACACUGGCUGUGGACACGAAGGAAGAAGAGAGUGAAGAUAUUGAGAACAUGGGGAAGGUGGUUCAGAUCCUGCGGUUAAUGAGGAUAUUUCGCAUCCUGAAGCUGGCCAGGCACUCCGUAGGACUGCGGUCUUUGGGCGCCACUCUGAGACACAGCUACCAAGAAGUUGGACUUCUGCUUUUGUUUCUGUCAGUUGGGAUUUCUAUUUUUUCAGUGCUUGUCUACUCAGUGGAGAAAGAUGAUGACUCAUCAGAGCUGCAGAGCAUCCCUAUUUGCUGGUGGUGGGCAACCAUCAGCAUGACCACUGUUGGUUAUGGGGACACUUACCCGGUCACGCUUGCUGGAAAGCUGCUCGGCACCCUCUGCAUCAUCUGUGGGAUUCUGGUGGUAGCACUUCCAAUCACCAUUAUUUUCAAUAAGUUUUCUAAGUACUACCAAAAGCAAAAAGCUAUUGAUAGAGACCAGUGCAACAGUGAUCGCAAAGAGAAAAGCAAUGACCUACCCUAUUUUAACAUUAGGGAUAUUUAUGCAAAAAAGAUGCACUCCUUCAUUUCUAGCCUUUCUUCAGUAGGAAUUGUAGUCAGCGACCAAGAGUCAACAGAUGCCUCCAGUAUCCAAGAUAUGGAGGAUGCUUAUAACACAGUAUCUUUAGAGAAUGGUACAGGAAAAUGAGUUGAAUCACGUUUGCUUCUCUUUAUUUCUCUUCUGAUUCUUGGUAAAUGUGGACUGACAAACUUCAGUGAAUUCAUUAAGAGCAGUUGAUUCUCAGGGUACUUAAAUCUCAGCCAUAUUUGGACAUUCUUUGCUCUGAGGAUGCCAUAAAAGCUUAAUUGUUUAUAUGAGGUUUUAAAAUAUGCCUCAUACAGUGGUUUAGUUUUUACACAACUAGUGUUAUGCAUUUUUGGGGACAAAAAGCUGGGAAAAGAGUUUUACAGAGUUUUACAUGUGAGAUAAGUGGGGUCUUUUUGAUUUGUGAGUAUUGUUGUUUGAUUUGUUCAUUGUUUUUUCCCCUGCAGCAGUCUCAUAUCUUACACAGAAUUUGCUUUUAUAAUUUGCUGCUCCUCUGGCAGAGAUACAUUAAAAACGUGUAAGAACUAUUGCACAAGUUAGUGAAGUUUUCACCUGCAAAUACAUUAGAUAAAUGAAGGAAUUGUGUACAUGUAAAACUAUGUUCACUAACAAAUUUGUGUAAUUUUAGAGUCGGGGACCCAUUUCCUAGGUUGGGGCAGAAAAUAUAUUGGUACAUAUUGUUUUUACUCCAUGGAAGCAUAAUAUUUAUUAAUUUCUUUCCAAAAGCACAAUACAUUU